GUCAGUCUUCCGGCGGCACGUUGCGGCGGCAGCGGCUGGACAAGAUGGCGGUGCCGCCGCCUGACGUCACAGUCCUGCACCAGGGUAAUUGCAAUCAGCACCCUCAACUAUCGCAGACACCUUCAAUGGUAAAACAACCGCAGUCCAUCUUAAAAGACCCGUCAAGGCACAAGUACGGCAACCAGUACGGGAGCCCUGUGUCUUCCAGCACCCCACAGAACAGCAACUCCAGUCAAAUACUCACUGUACAAAACCUCACGUCUGACGUGCCACAAUACGGCACCAUCAGGAAAGAAAACAAAAAACAAAACGUGACCAUAGACGAAUCGUACAACAAAAGGAGUGAAACACACGUCGUUUAAGUGUUACAGUGUACAUACUAGAAACAAUUGUAGAUAGAAUCGAAAUAAUUCAUGUGAUACGAACGAUAUAACAGUGCAAUUAGUUAGAAAGUGACUAUUGAGUGAUCAGCCCUGGACUGGACAGCGAAUUGUAAGUAAGGGUGAGUUCACACUCAGAGUGAGUGACACUCGUUGAGUGAGUCACUCACUCACUCACUGUUAUUGUAAAUACCGUAGAUAGUUGUUGACAUUGAGUCACUGACUUUACAACUCGUUAUGAGUGUCACUCUUACCCCUUUAUUAAUAAAAGUUACACCCUAGUUGAACUCUGGCUUAUAUUGACAUUUAGUAUGAAAAUGACAUUUUAAUUCAGGGGUCAUCUUAGUUGUAACUUUUUAUUAAUAAGGGGGAUUGUGUAAAUAUAGCUAGUUAGUUAUUAACAAUGAGUCAAGGGUUCUCUCACUCAAGCUCACAUGGUGUCAAAUCUAUGUUUAGUUGUACUUUUGCCUAAGUCAAAGGAUACUGAGAUGUUGAACUAACUAGAAACUUAAAAUUGAUAAGAAAUUUUAAGAUUGUAGAGAGUUUCUCACAAAAUUGAACUGAGACGAACUCAUUGUGUUUAAAGACUUUUAGUUAGCGAAUGAUUGUCAUUCGGGUGUCCUAAAAUUGUGUCAAUAUUUAGUUGUUUAAUACGUGUAUUGAUAAUUUAGAUAGUCAUGUUUUGACAAUACAAUGCAAUGUUAUUUGUGUGCAAUUAGACUUUUAGUUAUGUGUGAUUGAAUCGCCGAGUCACUCGAGUGACAUUCGCUAUUUCACUCAUUCUGCGAUUGAGUCGCUGAGUCACUCAAGUGAUUGAGACGCCAAAUCACUCAUUUUGCGAUAGAGUCGCCGAGUCAUUCGAGUGACAGUCGCUAAGUCACUCAUUGUGCGAUUGAUUCGCCAAGUCACUCGCUGGUCGCUGUGAGCCACUUACAGUUCGCGAGGUUAUUGUUUGGGCUGAAGUCUGGUUGUACAUUUCGACUGACUUAUCAUUAUUAUUAUUAAUAAUUAUAAUUACAUGUAAUACGAGACAUUACGUCCAAAAGACAUAAAGGAAACACUCAUGUCCAAUCGAAGUAAAUCAUUUUAGAAAUUAUAUUUAGAUAAUAAUAAUUAUAAAAUUUUAUUAUUAAAAAUUAUUUCUCCUUUUUGCUAAAAAUAAAUCGAACGAUUCCCACGAUGGAUCUCUUUAAGUUUUUUCGAUAGAUUAAUGAUUGUUACGGAAUGAUGAAAGUUUCAAUGUUUUAAUGAAUCAUUAUGAAUGAAAUGAUAAAAAUUAUUGGGGAAAUUUUGAAUUAUACCCGUCGGUUAUAACCGUUUGUUUUAAGAUUGUUCUUUGUAAAGGUUUAGAUACAUUUAUUUUCUAAAUGUUGGAAUGCAUUUGUUAUUAAAUAUUCAUUUAAUCACACAAACUGCCAAAUAUUUAGAUUCUUAAUGUCGUUUGGAAGUUUCAAUCUUUUCAAUAUUAUAAUAAAAGUUUUAUAAUGUUAUUUAUAUUAUUUACAGAUUAUUAAUAUAUUCAUUUUUAACAUAAUGCAGGUAAAGUUUCGAAGAAUAAUUAUAAAUAGCGUUAACAUAAGUAAAUACUAUAAAUUCCAAAUGACAAUUUUUGGAUCUAAAUAAAAA